AUGGAGCCCAUUGAAGAGACUGUCAGAGAAAUAAAGUGGAACGUUUUAGAACAAUUCUCUAAGGUUGCCCGUUAUACACGCAAUACAGCUACAAACCUACUUGAUAAUCCAUUGGCACGUCCCCUUUUACCGCACCUUUCUCCUGGAUUUGUACCGUCAGAAUCCACCCGUUCAGUAGUUGAUGAAUAUGAUGUUGGAAGAGUUUAUUUGGCGAAAUGGGCUGCGAGUGUUGCUGAACAGGCUGAGGAGGCGGCCAUGUCAGAAUAUCCUAAUCAAUCGCGUGAAGAACUAUACGUGAAUAAUUUUAAAAAACGUUGGUCUGAUACAGAUCCAAGAUCAUGGGAAGAGGAAACAGAGGUGGGGGCAUUUGAAAUUUUGAGCAAUGAAGCGACAUUGCCACCAUUGCACGCUACUCGCUCGAAUCCUCUUAAUGCUGAAAGAUGGUUUUCUUUUUUUGACACGGAAGGAAGACUCAAAGUAGAAUUAAGUGAGGUACAAGAGGCAGUAUUCCGAGGGGGUGUUGAAGAUGAUAUUAGAGUUGAAGUUUGGAAAUAUUUCUUGGGUAUUUAUUCAUGGGAUUCAAAUCAAGUAGAAAGAGAAAGUAUGUUGGAGGCUAAGGCUCAGCAAUAUUGGGCUUUAAAACGAGAAUGGUGGGAUUCAGCUGAGGUACAGGCCGAUGAAACUUUUAGAGAACAAAAAACAAGGAUAGAGAAGGAUGUAAUUCGAACUGACCGCAGCAUAUCCUUUUUUGCCGUUGAAGAUAUUCCUCAUCCCGAUCCAUUAUCAUCAGCAUCUUCUACUCUUACGAACAAGAACCUUGAACUUAUGAAAGAUAUUUUGAUGACAUAUAAUUUUUAUAACAAAGAUCUUGGUUAUGUUCAAGGAAUGAGCGACUUAUUAGCACCAUUGUUUGUUGUCAUGCGUAAUGAAGUUACGGCGUUUUGGGCUUUUGUGGGAUUCAUGAACCGUAUGAAAUCAAAUUUUUAUAGAGAUCAAACUGGAAUGAGGAGACAACUUUUAACACUUAAUCAUUUAAUACAAUUUAUGGAUCCUCAAUUAUAUAAGCACCUUCAGAAAACCGAUUCUUUAAAUCUAUUUUUUUGUUUUCGUUGGAUACUUGUUUGGUUCAAAAGAGAAUUCAAAUGGGACGAAGUACUUUUUUUGUGGGAAGUACUUUGGUCUGAUUAUUUGAGUUCACAGUUUCAUUUAUUCGUAGCCUUAGCUAUUUUAGAUAAGCAUCGGAUGUAUGUUAAUGAUCUUUCAACGACCAUUCCUCUUGAUGAAACAUUAUUACGAGCCGAGACCCUUUUUCAUCAAUUUCAACGAAUGGUUGCUGCUGUUGAUAGAAAGAGAUUCGGAGCCACGACCGAAAGUUUUAGCGAAAAUAGAGUUGCUUAA